UCUGACACAGUCUCCGGAACAGAGGGGGCGGUAACGCACCUACAAGCUGGAUGCCAACUGCUGCAAAACAAAGACGAAGAGGAAGAACAGGCUCUGAAUGAGGAGAGAAGAAAUAAUAAUAUCAAGCCAUAAGUUUGGACACGCUGGACUAAAUGAAGCACUGUUCAAGAUAGGUGGUGGCGGUAAUGCACCAAUAAGUUGUUUACCAAGGGCCAAUAAACCCUAGAGGAAGAGGCAGAGGCAGAUCAGUGCUGUGUGUGUGCUUUCAUCAGGAUACAAACACCUCCUGCAUCACAUGCUUUGCCUGCUGUGACGAUGGAUGUACGAGAUCAGAAGAGGUCUGCUGAACGCAACAUUGUGUACUGCUUGCAGUGCCACAAGCCACAGGAAAACCUCCCUGUUCACCUGGCCAGGGUGUGCAUGAAAAAAAGCACACCAGAAGAAAGAGUGCAAGAGGUGCAGAAGGCCAAGGCUUCCAACAGGGAGUGGAUCCGUAAGAACAGGACCUGGAAUUACAACAAGCUCUGUGAGCUCCUGCCUGACAGACGCUCUCGGAUCACCAUGGUGAUGGAGCUUCUUCGGCGUGGUUUUUUCAUCAUGAACCAGCCCCAGGAGUCCGACAUGGUCUUAGAACCUGAAGAUAACUCUGUUGAUGCUGCCACCACCACCACACCCACCACACCCUCCAGAGACCCUCAAACCGUAUCCCCUUCUGUUAGGACAAAGAUGAAAAAGGCGGGUCUGCAUGACAAGUUCCCUGCUCAAGCCAAGCUCCUGGUGGGCUUUAAAAAGUACCUGACGGUGUCACGGAGGAUCCCAAACUGGCAACAGGAGGUUGACAACGUGUCCCGUUUCCUUCGGUACGUGCAGCCCACGGGGAGCGAGCCAUCUCUGGACUUCCUGUCAAAAAACAAAGAGACAGAGGACUUUCUGACAGCCCUGAAGCACACUGACUUGUGUACAGCCACCAUCCUCAACUACAUCAAGAGCAUUAAAAGGUUCUUGGAAUAUUUGACGGCAAGGCUGGAUCUGCGAAAAAGACACCCACGGCUCCGGACCGACUGUCAGAGUUUCACCGACAUCCUGAACAGACUGCGUAAGAGAGUAUACAAGACCCAUAAUGACAAGACGUGUGAUAGAAGACUGUUUGUCGAUGGCGCUCCCUGCAUCAAAGAUUGCCAGACGAUUUUGAGAGUGGCAAAGCCAGAUUUCCUCAGGAUCCAUGGGGAUCUGCUGAUGGGGAAAGAGGUCUCAAACACAGAGAAGACGCUGUACCGCUAUUACUGCGAGGCGCUCUUGGUCUUCCGUCACAUGCAGCGCCCAGGAGCUGUGGAAGGCUUGACGGAUGCAGACUGGGUGGAGAGGAUUUCACAAGGUGGCAGGGUGGUGAUUGGCUUCAGGAAGGGGAAAACUGCAAGUAUGCAAAUCGCCUUGACACAAGAGGAGGAAGCUUGCUUUCAGCUGUACUACAAGCAGAUCAGGCCCGAGAACAUUGGGCUCAAAAAAUUCUGCCAAAGUUUUUUUGCUUCAUCGUCCGGCGAAGCUGUUUACAGUGUCUCACAAGACAUGAAUCGCCUCCAUGAAAUGUAUAAGAUGGCCCCUUUCAGGAGUCAGAAUGUACGGAGGGCUGUUGGGAAGGCCGCACAAAAGCUCCCCGCGCACCAACAGGAAGCCAUAAGCCAUUAUCUGGCCUAUAACUCUGGUGCAGACCAGCAGCUGGACAGAAAGCCACAGGAUAUUGUGGACGUGGCUAUACUGCUGGACUCCUUGGAGGGCACUUCUUCGGAUGAUGACACCUCCUUAGCUGAUCUGAGUACUGCUGGAAUCGGCACGGAGCAACACGCUCCACGGAAAGACUUCUCUGCCUUUGUGGCCAGAUUUCCGGUUUCGCUGGAGGGCCAGCCACCGACCAAAAAGCAGCGGCUCGAUUCAGGCUUUCCUGAAGACCGUGUCUUUUAUGACAGGUGGAGAGCUGCUCAGUACGCCCAGAGAGAGAAAUAUCUGCUGUCACACUUCACGCACCGCAUGCCAACUGCCGCAAAGGUGGCGAGGCUGAUUGCGCAGGAGGGGUGGAAGGCCAACUAUCCAAAGCCAGAAGAAAUUGAACGGCUGUGGAAACCAGCUCCCACAGGCACCAUUGAAACAGAUGAGGUUAUAAUAAAAUGUGUGUCUGAGCAGACCUGGACAGGCCUGGCCAUCAAAGACUUUGGUGAUGAGGAAGGUUUAGGAGUGGUUGCAACCAGACCGUUUUCUAAAGGCGACAUUGUGUGCGAUUACCACGGAAAGGUAAUCAGAGCAGCCGAAGGGAUGGCCAUGAUGAAGGGACUUCAUGAUGAGGCCAAGUACCUGUUCUUCUUCAAAGCUGGACAGAGAGACCUGUGCAUUGAUGCUCAGAACGUCCCCUGCGAUUGCCACCCCAACACAGACACAGUUGGCAGAAGAAUUAAAUAUUGUUCAAAGAGUCCCAACCUGGAACCCGUCCACUCUGUGCUGAAGGUGGAUGGAGAGGACAAGUAUGUCAUCCUCUUUAAGGCGCUGCAGGACAUCAGCAUCGAUACGCAACUAAAAUUUUACUCUGGAGUAAUAAUAAGGUCUUUCCUUGGCCUGGACCUGGACUGGCUGAAUGAGUAGGCAGAGGCCACAGUUCCAGUAGCUGCUUCUCCACUGGUAGGCCGGUGUGUGCUAGGGCUGACAGGGCAAAUAGCUUCGGACCAGUAGUGCUAAGCCAAAUGUCAGGCUGUGUUUCCACUGCUGGACCAGCAACAAUGUUCUACUACAGUUUUACAACAAAAACUGAUACAUUGAUGAUAAUGCAUUAGUGCCAGGACUACAUAGAAUCAUGCAUAAAUAAAGUGGAAUUAUUGUUAUUUCUUAAAUGAAAGAGGACACACAUACUUGUUCAGUCAUGUCUGUUUCUGUUUAUUUGUGAUCACACAUCAAAAAAAAAAAGGGGCUGAAAGCAUGCAUAUUUAAAGCAUUACUGUAGGAGUGCGUGAUAUGACGGAUUUUGAAAAAAAAAAAUGUCUCCGCAAUCUGCUUUUGGACAAAAAUCAGGUUUAAAACAACCUGAGAGUGAGUAAAUGAUGGUAUAAAAAUAAAACACUAUGACAGAAUUGACAGAAUCUUCAUUUCUGGGUCUAUUCUUAACUAUUCUUUUAAUGUUAAUAAAACAACAAAACACAGAGGAAAAAAUACAGUUGCUUUAAUAAGAAUCAAUGUACAAUUGAUGUAUAUCAUGUAAAAAGUAUAUAGUGUCUUUUUUUUUAAUAUUUGUUUAGAUUCAAUUUAUUGAAUGCUACUACUAAAUACACCUACUGUACUUGGAAAAUAAAGCACUGUUUGUUUUA